AUGGAGUCAGCCUCACAGCCAAUUGAAUAUGUCGAGUGUAGGCACCCGCUCUUCGAUGUUGACCAGCUCGAAGAGCCUGCCGAGACAGACCAACUAUGCGGAAAACGCAUCAAGACGUUGACCGAUAUUCUGCUCAACGGGGGCAGGGGCGUAUACGACAAGCUGUUGGAUUUUCAUGGCUGGGGUUAUAAGUAUAACACUGAUUCCCAUUCUUCCCUUCAGCCAAGGCGGGUAAAGGUGGCAAUCCUGGUGAAAAUCAUCUGGAAUCAAGCUGAAUAUCACCAGCCCAAGUCAGUGGAAGAACUCUUCAACUGGGGAAGGGACGCUGGCCCUCGAUUGCUGAAACAGGGGUGUGUUCAGGGCUUGAACAAUUACCUACCCAUAAGUAGGUGUUCCCCUGAUCCCCCAAGGGUUUUGCAAGCAUCAGACUCACGGACCCGUGGGUCUGUUAGGUCUUCUGGUGAUAUACCGGAGGAGUAUGUGAAGGUUAUGGAAAAGCAACUAUAUAAACUCGGUAGGCUCGACGAAGAGCUUCUUGAACUUGCGACACCACAAGGGGAUCAAACGGAAGAAGAACAAAGCGAAUACAUUGAAAGUAGUACUGACAAUUCGGAAGAGUCCGAACAUACAGAGUGGCUCCCUUCAACCAGUCCUGAGGACCAGGGAGUCGAAGAUGAAAUGACCGACAUCGAAGAGGAAACCUCUGACCGUGAUGAGGGGGAUCCUAUGGAAGAAUGUUCCUCGGGUGGCAGAACACCAACUCAUACGAUAAAAGUCGAAAGCCCUGCCACGCAGCAUGAAGAAAGCUUCUCAGAGAGCCGGAGACCAAGUGAACAAAACACCGAAGGUGUCAGUGACCCUAACACCACAACUUCUACAUCCCAGCAGUUCCGGAGAGCAGAACCACUACCUAACCAGCAUGCCCAGUUAGUUACUGAGGCAGUGCAACGUGCUGUCAUGAAAUUCGCUUAUCACGAGCUUGAACGCCAUCAGACUGCUGCCCCGUUGGACAUGCCACGACCAUGGCUGACCGCCAACUUAAAUACCAUGAACAAUGUCCAGUACAGCUUACACCCAGUAACAGCUGAGGUAGAGCUGCACGCCCCAGGCAACCCACAACGCCCCCGGAUUACAAGGCCUUAUAGAGGCCGAGGCCCUGUUAGCACGAAACUCAGCGAAAGUGCGAUUGGCUGUGCUAUCAUUGCAGGCCGACUGCUAGAUGCCGGGUCCACCAACAUCGACCGCAAGCAGCCGGGCUGGCAGGAUCGUUUCACAGUUUCUGACCAAGCCUUCAUUGAAGGGACCGAUGCUCAAUGGGAUUUCCUCGAUAGAGAAACGAGUCUUAGGCUAGUCGAAUGCUUUGCUGGUUUCCUCCCAGCAAAUGCUCACCUGGCCACGGGGCCUACUCAGACUAUGCGAACCGUCUGGCGCAAUUUUACGCGCACCUUUGACCAGUUCGCGUACUCAUACAAUGAGAAGACUACUGCGCACUGUAAUUGUGGGCCAUCCAGGGAUAACAAAACCACUGUGAAUGGCACCCGCUUGACCACUCUGGCACCGCCUGUGCUCGAGACUGAUCGGAACGGCGUGAGUAUGGAGGAAGUGCUGUCUCGGGUAUUUGACCCUCAGCACCAGAGAACCUGCAUCAAAUGUAACCAUUCGGUCAACUAUGAGAGACGAUUUACCAACGUCCCCAUGCGCCUGGUAGUGGAACUCGGUCCUAAUGUGUCUAUACGAUCACAUACAAAGGACAUUACUCUGUCAUAUCAUGAUGAUGGUGGUGAGGGGCAGAGAGUCACAUACCGCUGGAUAGGAGGGAUAUACUCACCAGGACCAGGUUUAUUGUGCCUCAUGUGGAAUGGUGCCGAACGUGGGGUGCGCUGCACGAACCUGUGUUCGUAUGAAAGCCAUGUGCUCGACGGAGCCAUACUUGGAUUUCCCCUCUCAGAAAACCGCCCGGACCAAGUGCCCGAGCGUCUUUGGAGGAAUCAGCAGAUCCCCUUGCUCUUCUACGAGCGGGUUCUGAACCCGAGUAUUGGCGAGCUCCAAGUAGCUGUGAGUGCAGUUAGCGGCAUGCUAGAGUCUGCCUCCCAGGGUGAGCUUUUCCUCCAGCAAAGUCCUGGUUGGGCCCCGCCCGAACUACCCCCUCGGCAGCAGAACCCAUAUCCUUGGGAACCUGUACUGCCUAAACAUACGAUACGCUUUAAAAGUGCCAAUUCGGAUCUUCGGAACAUGCUGAUCCUCGGUACGCAACCCCAGGCGCAACCCCAGGCGCAACCCCAGGUACAACCCCAGGUACAACCCCAGGUACAACCCCAGGUACAACCCCAGGUACAACGCCAAGAGCAGGCUGCACCUAGCAGGCCUAGAGGACCGCGAGCACAGCCUUACGUUCCAGCUCAUCCAUACGCGAUUAUGUCCAUGGCCCCCACACCGAUCAUGUCAGCAGAUACGCCAUCGCCUGCGAUCAUGAUGUCAGGUUCACCGUAUGUAGGUGGUGCAAUGCCACCGCCUCCUAGGGUCAGGCCGAUGUAUAUAACUAGGCCAGAAUAUGUGCCUCCUGCCAGUCCUGUUCGGCAACACCCCCCUCUCCAUAAUCCAGCUCUCCAUGGGUCUUUGGCUUCCUCUCCUGUAGCCUUUCCUCAACAGAGAGUCGCUUACAGUCCGGGGAUUCCGACCACCGAUCCACCACCCUCUUAUGAAGUCGUACAGGCGAUGACCAGCCAAAUGCAGCUGACAACCCCGAAUAGCAGCGCCUUUGGUGGCCAUGGGCCUACUAUGAUGGGUCAAUCCUCCUCGCCGCGAUCACAACCACAGCUACCACAACCACAGCUACCACCAACCCAUCCGGAGAAUUGGGUGAAUAGACCCGGCCACCAUGGGCCUCGCCACUGA